GUGCAGCAAGGGGGUGUAUGGAGCAAACCAGGCUUGCCAGGCCAUGGGCAACCUCUACCACGAUGCCUGCUUCACAUGCGGAGCAUGCAGUCGAAAGCUGAGAGGAAAAGCUUUUUAUUUUGUCAAUGGCAAGGUCUUCUGUGAAGAAGAUUUCCUGUAUUCUGGUUUCCAGCAGUCAGCUGACAGAUGCUUCAUUUGUGGUCAUUUGAUAAUGGACAUGAUCCUGCAGGCUCUAGGGAAGUCAUAUCAUCCAGGCUGCUUCCGAUGUGUGGUCUGCAAUGAGUGUCUGGAUGGUGUGCCAUUCACUGUAGACUCUGAAAACAAAAUCUACUGUGUCAGAGAUUACCACAAAGUUUUAGCUCCAAAGUGUGCAGCAUGUGGACUUCCCAUUCUGCCCUCCGAGGGGUCUGAUGAGACCAUUCGGGUUGUGUCCAUGGACAAGGAUUAUCAUGUGGAAUGUUACCACUGCGAGGACUGUGGGAUGGAACUGAAUGAUGAGGACGGGCAUCGCUGUUACCCACUAGAUGAACACUUGCUUUGUCACUCCUGUCAUCUGAAACACAUAGAGAAUGGCACAACCCCAGCAGCUGCAUACCAGCACCACUACUAGCCUGCAUGGCUGACAUCAGAAAGCCAGGACAGAAGAUGGUUACAUGAUCUCCCUCUCCCCACCCUCAGUUGAUUUCCUGUGCAUGUUUUUCGCCAGUCAGAGAUGUUCCUGUAAAAGGAUAUGAGAGAUUUUUGCUGGAUUCCCAGGGGUUUUAUGCUUGUGAGUUCCAGCCGUGUCAAACCAGGUCCACUUGACCAAGAAUGUGACGUGUUACCUAAACUGGUUUACUUCUACAUGCCUUUUUCUGCUGUGAGGAGAUUCCUCUUGGCUCCUUGUGGAAGAUUCUUCAGUGAAAGCACAAUUUGCUGUGGUGCCUAUGAACUCAGAUGGUGCCAUGCACGAUUAAAAAGCCAGAGGCUGGUGUGUCUGCCUGCCUACCUGAUGGGGACAUCCCAUCAGUCUUACAUUCAGAGUUUCCUGAGAAGCACAUUUCAUCAGAUUCCCUGAAGGACAUCA